CUUCUCAAGCAUCAACGUGACGUCAAGGCAAACCUCAAAAGUCAGAACAGGCGAAAAAUUUCUGCUCCACCAUAAACAGGAAUUCAACUUAAAGUAAACGGCAUGGACACAUUGAGGAAAGGAAGCUAAGGGGACGGACCCGAGCGGCCAUCUUGACUUGAAGCGUUGGAAUUCUCUCGAAAACAAGCUUUUCACCAUGGAGAACGAGUCAAUUGAGAAAGUGCUGAGGGCUGUCCUGCAGUCCUCUAAGUCUGGGAUCUCCAUCAGGAGUCUCCAGGCGGAGUACCGCUCUCUGUGCGGGGAGAGCCUCCCACUGAAAAGGCUCGGAUACCAGACUCUAGAGGAUUACCUUAAAAGUAUUCCCUCUGUGGUGAGGCUCGAUCACCGCAUGGGAGAGUUGAUGUGCUUUGCCCGUGUGUGCGAUGAGACGGCACACAUUGCAGAGCUGGUUGCCAGGCAAAAGUCGUCAAAAAAACCUGCCCGGUCUUGGACUGCGAACUCUGGCAGGAGGGUCAAACCACCUGACCCCUACCUGCCUAACGGGGUUCCUAGGUUUUCUCUGAAGCAGCCGUCAUGUCGCCCUUCUGCUGGUAGUUCCAGCAGCUCCUCCAAACCUUCUAAGUUUCAUGAUGGAUCCAGAAACAGCAGCGCUUCUGGGUUUUACAGACAGAUGAAGCAGGAGAUGAGGCCUUUCACACAGGUCCAGCACAGGCCGACAGCCGCUCCCCCAGCAGUGAAGCAGACGGACGCUCUGAACAGAAAAAAGCAAAGCAUGGAGAAGAAAAAGGACACAGAAUUUCAACAGGAUUCAAGGCAGUUUGGAGUCAGUCAGAGUUCUCCAUACGUCGCAGCAGAAGUGCAGAAGAACAUGAGGCAGCUUCUGAAAAAGUACAGCAACGGCCUCUGGAUGUCCAAACUGUCAGAGGUCUACAGGGAAAUGUUUCAUCAGGAGCUUCAUCCUCAAGCACUGACAGACCUGGAGAAGUGGACUCACAUCUGUUUUUUGGAGAAAGCUGCUUCUGAGAACCGAGCGGACCGAGUUAUUUAUCCUCUGCUGCUUUCCCAGCUCAAGACUCUGAACAACCCUGUGUUUGUGAACGUUCUCUACCAGGAUGUGUGCGUCUCAAACGUCUGCGCAGACGGCACUUUGUACUGCCGGCUGCCUUCGCCAGGAGCUUUCAGGCUAACAAGGAUGUUGGAAGAGAUCGCUUCUGGCAUCUCGCAGAUGACCACGGAGCUUCUGGUUUCCCAACCUUUCAUUGGGAAGUUCUGUCUGGCUCGGUUCAGAGGACAGUGGGCCAGAGCAGAGAUCACCAACAUGUUUGGCGACAUGAUGAUGGAGGUCCUCUUCAUAGACUUUGCUGUACCAGUAACUGUAGAACUUGCGGGCCUUCGAGAGAUUCCUCCACCUUUCCUGAAGGACUUUGGUUUCAUCCCACCUCAGGCUGUUAAGUGUCGACUAGCAGAAGUCGACGCUCCAGGCGUGGACUGGAGCCCAGAAGCCAUUGUUUGGUUGAGAGAGAAGGUUCUGGAAGCUGAAAGCUGCAAAGUAAAGAUUCUGAAGCUGGAAGAGUCCAAAGGGGACAGAGUCGCCUACAUUCAUUUGUUUGUUGGUGGAGAUGGCCUGGAGCAGAACAGCAUCAACCAUCAGCUGGUUCAGUUAUUCCAGAGAGCCCUGAGCAGCAGAGGUGGAAACCUCUUAGAUGCAGCCCCGACUUUUCCGGUCCGGAAAAGGACCCAUAGUGACCCGACCCUGAACUGGCCUGUGGUCGCUUCACUGCAGUCGAGUCACAAUGUCAUCCCCACGAUGACCCUGAAGCCCCUGGUGCUGCCUGCCCCCCUGCAACUUCCAGAGCCCGGUCAGAACAUGGACGUCUUUGUGGUCGUGGCGUGCCACCCGGGUUACUUUGUGGUGCAGCCGUGGCGAGACCUGGACCACCUGGAGACUCUGAUGAGGAGGAUGUCUCUGUUCUACCACCAGAGGGAGGCGGGCGGUACUGUCACGCACGCUCAGACGGGAGACGUGUGUGCCGCCAAAAUAAACGAGCAAUGGUACCGCGUGCAGGUAAAAAGGGUCCUGGCCAACGGUUUUGUCUCUGUCUACGAGCUGGACUACGGUCAACUAGAGCUGGUCCAGAAGAGCCUCAUCCAGCCUCUGGUGGAGCAGUUCAGGCAGCUGCCCUUUCAGGCGGUUCCUGCACAACUGGCAGGUGUGACCCAGCACCAGUGGUCCGAGGCGGCGUCCAUGCUGUUCAGGAACCGCGUGGAGCGGCGCGCCCUGGUGGCACAGGUGGAGAGCGUUCAGGAUGUGCUGGAGGUCAAAGGUGAGCCGUGGAGGCGCAAGCUAACAGUUUACCUGGUGGACACCACGCUGGAGGACGAGGACCUGUGGAUCCACUGCUUCAUGGCAGACAUCGAGUGACUCGUUCUCUUAGCGCAGAAUUUCCUGACGUCGCAGUGUUGAUAAUAAACAUUUUAAAGCAACUUUCACUGAA